AUGCCGAACGACUCCUUCAAUAACUCCAUGCAUCCGCAUACUUCUUCCCACUCUGCAUCGCAAGCAAUAAUCGACGAGCACAUGCUCGCGACAAUGUCCAUGUACGACCACUCCUAUGGUACCACCCUCUCUCCGAUGCUGUCCACCCUGCUUGUAUUUACAUUCCUCAGUGCCGUCCAUGACACCAUUUAG